AUGGUCAGAGAAGAAGACGAAAAUCGAUUGUUAUACUAUCGUACCCUUUUUAGUCAAUAUUUAGUUGAUAUGUAUGCGAAAAUAGAAACGGAAAGAUUGAAUUAUAUCAGGUACAACCAAGCAUACCUCAGAGCAGAUAGUUAUGUACAUUUGAAAGAUGCGAUAGGAAGGCAGGACACCGAUAUUACUCAACUUGGUAAUAGGGUGGUACUCCCUUCAUCGUUUACUGGAUCACCUCGAUAUAUGCAUGAAAGAACUCAAGAUGCAACGACCUACGUACGCCAUUACGGUCGCCCAGACCUUUUCAUCACAUUUACAUGCAAUCCUCAAUGGAAAGAUAUUGCAGAUGCAUUGCUGCCUGGUCAAAAGCCACACGAUCGUCAUGACAUUAUAGCACGGGUAUUUCAUUUAAAAGUUAAAGCAAUUAUGUCACUGCUAACAAAAGGAAAUUUGUUUGGAAAAGUGCGUUGCUUUAUGUAUUCCGUUGAAUGGCAGAAGCGAGGUCUUCCACACAUCCACAUUUUGUUGUGGUUGGAGCAGCGAAUUUCUGCGAUUAAUAUAGAUAAUGUUAUCUGUGCGGAGAUACCGGAUCCUCAAAAGGAUCCUAUCCUUUAUAAAAUUAUCAAAACCAAUAUGAUCCAUGGGCCCUGCGGAAAUUUGAGGAAAUCCCCGUAUAUGAAAGGAGGUUGCUGUAGCAAAAAAUAUCCUCGAAUUCUCCUGAAAGAAACCCAAACAGGCGACGACGGCUACCCUAAAUAUCGGCGAAGAGCUCCCGCGGAUGGUGGAUUCACGGUUGAAAUCCAUGGUGUAACCCUAGAUAAUAGAUGGGUGGUACCGUAUAAUCCAGUUUUGUCUCGAACUUUUGCUGCUCACAUCAACAUCGAGUAUUGUAACUCUGUAAAAUCUAUUAAAUAUAUAUACAAAUACGUCAAUAAAGGAUCCAACCAAGCCUCAUUUGGUCUUGAAAAUGACAAUGAUGAGGUCAAAUUAUAUGAAAGUGGUCGAUAUAUUAGCAGCUCUGAAGCUGUUUGGAGAAUCCUGGCCUUUCCUAUACAUGAAAGAUUUCCAGCUGUUUUUCAUCUCGCAGUGCACUUGGAAAAUGGCCAGCGUGUCUAUUUUAAUCCUAACGACUUCAAUAAUGUGACUGAAAAGGUAAAUAAUCCACAGAAAACUACUCUUCUAGCAUUUUUUGAUCUUUGCAAAACGGAUAAUUUUGCAAAAACCCUUCUCUAUGUUGAAGUCCCUUCAUACUAUGUGUGGAAAAGUACUAAAUUUGAGAGACGAAAACGUGGAAACAAUGUUGAUGGUUGGCCGGGAGUCAAAAAAGAUCAAGCUUUGGGCAGAGUGUACAUCGUCCACCCUAAUAACGCCGAAUGUUACUACCUUCGUCUUCUUCUUCAUCAAGUGAGAGGGCCAACAUCAUUCUCGGAUUUAAAAACUAUUGAUGGUGUCGUUUAUCCCACAUACCAGUCAUCAUGUAAAUCUUUGGGUUUGCUAGAAGAUGACAAGCAGUGGAAUGCUACAAUGGAAGAAGCUGCUCUUACUGAUUCUCCUUUUAAGCUACGAGACCUUCUGUCGGAGGACAUAAAACGUCAAGUGCAGUCAGAGUGUCAAGACAGUGUUCAGAUUAUGAAUGAAGUGUACAACAAGUGUCUGAGUUCCAUUGAAGAUACGGUUUUAUCUUUAGGAGCACAAUGUUUAGAGUAUUAUGGUUUGCCUCAGCCUGAAAGACGUGAAGAAGUCAUACAAAACAGAGAGAUUAGCUAUGACACACUUUUAUUGGCUCAAGUAGUAUCCAACAACGAAAGUUUAUUAAAUACAGAACAAUAUCAAAUUUACAACCAAGUUUUAGAUAGUAUCGAGAAUGGCACUGGUCAAGUAUUCUUUUUGGAUGCUCCUGGAGGCACGGGUAAAACGUUUCUUUUAAAAUUAUUAUUGGCUAGAGUACGAAAAAAUGGCGGGAUAGCCUUGGCAGUUGCUUCUUCUGGCAUAGCAGCCACGUUGCUGGAUGGCGGUAAAACAGCGCAUUCUGCUUUUAAAUUACCCUUAAAUCUAAUGCGUGUAGAGACACCUCUGUGCAACAUUUCAAAGUAG